AUGGAAGAUAAGAAACAAAAAGGGGGCGACUGUAAAAUUGAGAUAAAAACCCUAAAAAGGAGGGAGGCCAGGGGCGGCACUCCAGGACAUGACAGUGGAAGAGGGGGAGGUGUAGAUGACAGUGGAGGUGGGAAGGCGCAGUGGAAUGGACAUAGAUGGUGGCGAGGUAUAAGGAGGGAGGCCAGGCGCGGCAAUCCAGGACGUGACAGUGGAAGAGGGGGAGGUGUAGAUGACAGUGGAGGUCGGAAGGCGCAGUGGAAUAGACAUAGAUGGUGGCGAGGUAUAAGGAGGGAGGCCAGGCGCGGCACUCCAGGACGUGACAGUGGAAGAGGGGGAGGUGUAGAUGACAGUGGAGGUGGGAAGGCGCAGUGGAAUGGACAUAGAUGGUGGCGAGGUAUAAGGAGGGAGGCCAGGGGCGGCACUCCAGGACGUGACAGUGGAAGAGGGGGAGGUGUAGAUGACAGUGGAGGUCGGAAGGCGCAGUGGAAUGGACAUAGAUGGUGGCGAGGUAUAAGGAGGGAGGCCAGGCGCGACAAUCCAGGACGUGACAGUGGAAGAGGGGGAGGUGUAGAUGAUAGUGGAGGUCGGAAGGCGCAGUGGAAUAGACAUAGAUGGUGGCGAGGUAUAAGGAGGGAGGCCAGGCGCGGCACUCCAGGACGUGACAGUGGAAGAGGGGGAGGUGUAGAUGACAGUGGAGGUGGGAAGGCGCAGUGGAAUGGACAUAGAUGGUGGCGAGGUAUAAGGAGGGAGGCCAGGGGCGGCACUCCAGGACGUGACAGUGGAAGAGGGGGAGGUGUAGAUGACAGUGGAGGUCGGAAGGCGCAGUGGAAUGGACAUAGAUGGUGGCGAGGUAUAAGGAGGGAGGCCAGGGGCGGCACUCCAGGGCCUGACAGUGGAAGAGGGGGAGGUGUAGAUGACAGUGGAGGUGGGAAGGCGCAGUGGAAUGGACAUAGAUGGUGGCGAGGUAUAAGGAGGGAGGCCAGGCGCGGCAAUCCAGGACGUGACAGUGGAAGAGGGGGAGGUGUAGAUGACAGUGGAGGUCGGAAGGCGCAGUGGAAUAGACAUAGAUGGUGGCGAGGUAUAAGGAGGGAGGCCAGGCGCGGCAAUCCAGGACGUGACAGUGGAAGAGGGGGAGGUGUAGAUGACAGUGGAGGUGGGAAGGCGCAGUGGAAUGGACAUAGAUGGUGGCGAGGUAUAAGGAGGGAGGCCAGGCGCGGCAAUCCAGGACGUGACAGUGGAAGAGGGGGAGGUGUAGAUGACAGUGGAGGUCGGAAGGCGCAGUGGAAUAGACAUAGAUGGUGGCGAGGUAUAAGGAGGGAGGCCAGGCGCGGCACUCCAGGAUGUGACAGUGGAAGAGGGGGAGGUGUAGAUGACAGUGGAGGUGGGAAGGCGCAGUGGAAUGGACAUAGAUGGUGGCGAGGUAUAAGGAGGGAGGCCAGGGGCGGCACUCCAGGACGUGACAGUGGAAGAGGGGGAGGUGUAGAUGACAGUGGAGGUCGGAAGGCGCAGUGGAAUGGACAUAGAUGGUGGCGAGGUAUAAGGAGGGAGGCCAGGCGCGGCAAUCCAAGACGUGACAGUGGAAGAGGGGGAGGUGUAGAUGACAGUGGAGGUCGGAAGGCGCAGUGGAAUAGACAUAGAUGGUGGCGAGGUAUAAGGAGGGAGGCCAGGCGCGGCACUCCAGGACGUGACAGUGGAAGAGGGGGAGGUGUAGAUGACAGUGGAUGUGGGAAGGCGCAGUGGAAUGGACAUAGAUGGUGGCGAGGUAUAAGGAGGGAGGCCAGGGGCGGCACUCCAGGACGUGACAGUGGAAGAGGGGGAGGUGUAGAUGACAGUGGAGGUCGGAAGGCGCAGUGGAAUGGACAUAGAUGGUGGCGAGGUAUAAGGAGGGAGGCCAGGGGCGGCACUCCAGGACAUGACAGUGGAAGAGGGGGAGGUGUAGAUGACAGUGGAGGUGGGAAGGCGCAGUGGAAUGGACAUAGAUGGUGGCGAGGUAUAAGGAGGGAGGCCAGGCGCGGCAAUCCAGGACGUGACAGUGGAAGAGGGGGAGGUGUAGAUGACAGUGGAGGUCGGAAGGCGCAGUGGAAUAGACAUAGAUGGUGGCGAGGUAUAAGGAGGGAGGCCAGGCGCGGCAAUCCAGGACGUGACAGUGGAAGAGGGGGAAGUGUAGAUGACAGUGGAGGUGGGAAGGCGCAGUGGAAUGGACAUAGAUGGUGGCGAGGUAUAAGGAGGGAGGCCAGGGGCGGCACUCCAGGACGUGACAGUGGAAGAGGGGGAGGUGUAGAUGACAGUGGAGGUCGGAAGGCGCAGUGGAAUGGACAUAGAUGGUGGCGAGGUAUAAGGAGGGAGGCCAGGGGCGGCACUCCAGGACGUGACAGUGGAAGAGGGGGAGGUGUAGAUGACAGUGGAGAUCGGAAGGCGCAGUGGAAUAGACAUAGAUGGUGGCGAGGUAUAAGGAGGGAGGCCAGGGGCGGCACUCCAGGACGUGACAGUGGAAGAGGGGGAGGUAUAGAUGACAGUGGAGGUGGGAAGGCGCAGUGGAAUGGACAUAGAUGGUGGCGAGGUAUAAGGAGGGAGGCCAGGGGCGGCACUCCAGGACGUGACAGUGGAAGAGGGGGAGGUGUAGAUGACAGUGGAGGUCGGAAGGCGCAGUGGAAUGGACAUAGAUGGUGGCGAGGUAUAAGGAGGGAGGCCAGGGGCGGCACUCCAGGACGUGACAGUGGAAGAGGGGGAGGUGUAGAUGACAGUGGAGGUGGGAAGGCGCAGUGGAAUGGACAUAGAUGGUGGCGAGGUAUAAGGAGGGAGGCCAGGCGCGGCACUCCAGGACGUGACAGUGGAAGAGGGGGAGGUGUAGAUGACAGUGGAGGUGGGAAGGCGCAGUGGAAUGGACAUAGAUGGUGGCGAGGUAUAAGGAGGGAGGCCAGGCGCGGCACUCCAGGACCUGACAGUGGAAGAGUGGGAGGACGUGACAGUGGAAGAGGGGGAGGUGUAGGUGACAGUGGAGGUGGGAAGGCGCAGUGGAAUGGACAUAGAUGGUGGCGAGGUAUAAGGAGGGAGGCCAGGGACGGCACUCCAGGACAUGACAGUGGAAGAGGGGGAGGUGUAGAUGACAGUGGAGGUGGGAAGGCGCAGUGGAAUGGACAUAGAUGGUGGCGAGGUAUAAGGAGGGAGGCCAGGCGCGGCAAUCCAGGACGUGACAGUGGAAGAGGGGGAGGUGUAGAUGACAGUGGAGAUGGAAAGGCGCAGUGGAAUGGACAUAGAUUGUGGCGAGGUAUAAGGAGGGAGGCCAGGGGCGGCACUCCAGGACCUGACAGUGGAAGAGGGGGAGGUGACCUGACAGUGGAAGAGGGGGAGGUGUAG